ACGUAAGGCAGGUAAGGUAUAUAAUAUAUUCCUAUGCCAUAAGAAAUACAGUAUUUUCCAUCUUUCUCUCUCUCACCGUGCGCAUUCAAUGCCAUCGAGUUCAUCGAUCCAUUUGCCCAUCUUGGAGUAUAAUAAUUGUGGCUCCAUCUCAUGACGCCACGCAGCUAUCGAGUCAACAAUCGACUUGGCAACUGGAAUAUAUUACGCCGUCAGAUGAAUCAAUAAAUCACCACCAAUCUUCAAUAUUCAAGAAUCUAAAUCCAAGUUCAGUUUGCAUAAGACGCACAGAUAACGCAAGCCAGAAAAGGAACGGAAAAAGAAAAGAAAUAAGUUGAAUAACGACACAAAACCAAACGAGUCACAAAACCCGCCAAUAACAACUACAAUAAUAUAACGCAAGCCAAGGAAAGAAAGCCGCCCAAAAACAACAACACCCCCAAACAACAAAAAAAAACCAAAUGUCCGACUCCCAAAACCCCAUCGCGGCCGCUUUAUACCGCGCCGCAUCCGACAUGGCCGCCGCCGCGGGCGACGCAGGGGGCAGCAUCAUGGACACGAUCGGGACAUCGAUCACGCGGCAAGGGAACCGGUGGGACCGGUCGAUCAACUCCGGGGCGGCAUCGUACGGAGAAUCCGUCAGCGGGGCGGCGAAGUCCUUCGGGCAGUCCAUCAGCGGGUCAUCUGCGGGGGCAGGACAGGGUAUAAGUCGACGGGGGCGGGCCGCGGGGGGUUCGAUCACGGAGUCAUCGAGCGCGGCAGGGACAGGGAUCACACGGAGCAGCGAGGCGACGGGGCGGAAGAUCAUUGAGGGGGCGCAGGCGGCGGACAAGCGGAUCCGGAGCAGUGGACAGAGCGUGGGCGGCGGGGUGACGCGGCAAGGUGAAUCAGCGGGGAAGAGCGUGACGAGGGGGGGCGUGAGGGCGGGGAAUCGGGUGACGGAGGGCGGGAAGAGCGCGGGCGAUAGUGUGACGAGGGGAGGGACGUAUAUGAGCGGCAGAGUAACGAGGAGUGGGAAAUAUAUUGGCACGGGAGUGUCGGAUACGAUGCGUGGGUGGGGAGAUCAGGGCAAAGAUGCGGGGAACUGGGUGCGGGAUGCGACGAAGGCGAGGGGGGCGAGAAGUCAGACGGCGCGGAAUCCGCUGGGCUUGGAGAAUACGCGGAGGAGAAAUAGGACGGGAGGGAGGUUGCAGACGGCGAGGAACCCGUUGGGGUUGACGGAUGGGUAAUGGUAAAAGGUUGUGUAUGUGUGGAUGUGUUCGUUGAAUGGCGUUUUAAAUAUUGGGGUGGACUUUUGACGGCUGUGUGAUGAAUGAUGAGACGAGAUCUUGAACAAGGAAACAAGCAAUGGAACUAAGAUAUUGAAAAUAAGUUAAUCAAUUAUAUGGUCGAUUAUCUACCCGAGAAGUAGAGUUCUUAAAUCCAGAAGAGUACGUAGAUCGAUGUAGAUGAAAGCAAUGGGUAAACAAAAAGCCGUGACAAUUAGAGCAAGGCAAAGGAGCG